UGUAGUUAACGUUGUUAUAACGUUGGUGCCGGUGGCUAAUUAGGCUGCGUACACACGGAAACAUGAAGGCAACGAUAUUAUUUUGUCUGAUGUCAUUGUACGCGGUUGCUGGUUGCCAUCAAGGCGGCCAAGAAUGGUGGCGGACAAUGUCGCUUUAUCAGAUUUAUCCCAGGAGCUUUAAAGACAGCGACGGGGAUGGCGUGGGCGAUUUGAAAGGUAUUAUAAGCAAGUUAGACCAUCUGGUCGAAUCGCACGUCGAUGCUUUCUGGGUGUCACCUAUUUAUCCUAGUCCAAUGGUCGAUUUCGGCUACGAUAUUUCCGACUACCGCAACAUCGAUCCCAUUUUUGGAACAAUGAAGGAUUUUGAGGAUUUGCUGGAUGCCGCUCACAGCAAAUCCUUGAAAAUGAUCAUGGACUUUGUGCCUAAUCAUACAUCGGAUAAACACGAAUGGUUCCAAAAAAGUUUGCAGAAUAUAAAACCGUACAGCGAUUUCUACGUCUGGCACGAAGGCCGAAAACUUGAAAAUGGCACCAUGGCGCCACCAAAUAAUUGGGUGAGUAUGUUCGGUGGAUCCGCGUGGAGGUGGCGACCGGAACGACAGUCGUAUUAUUUGCAUCAAUUUGCACCGGAACAACCGGAUCUCAACUACAAUAACGAAGAUUUGAUGAACGAAAUCCAG